CGGUAUGCUUGUGUAAAGAGAGCUGCAGAGGACGUGCAUUUCUGUGUUUGUCAGCUUCUGAUUCUCCUAUUCAGACUUGGAAAAGAAUAGGUCCUGGUCAGGGAGGUGAAUGGUGUCUUGCAGAAGGGAAAUAAUGCUUUCGUGAGCUGGAGGACGUGAGGCGAGGAACAACCUGACCAUGGCGUCCAAGUUUGGAGCCACAACCCGCCAGCUCCGUCAGUUGAUGGAGCAUCGAGGCAAGGAGGGUCGAAGUCACAUCGAUUCGGAUUUUGGAGGCAGUGCAAGCUUAUUGGAAGCAUUACAGGUGGACUCCAACAGCGGCUUGAAGGCGGAAGAUACGAGCGAAUUGGAAAGACGGCGAGCUGUUUUCGGUGCCAAUGUAAUCCCUGCUCGGCCGCCGAAAACAUACAUAGAAUUGGCAAUAGAGGCUGCGAAAGACCCCACUCUAAUUGUCCUGACGGCCGCUGGUGUUAUCUCCCUUAUUCUCGGUGUUACCUUGGAGGAGGACAAAAGCGUAGGAUGGAUAGAAGGCUUUGCAAUUUUCAUCGCCGUCGUCGUAGUAAUCAAUGUUACUGCUUUCAACGAUUACACCAAGGAAAAACAGUUCCGAGGUUUGCAGGAGCAAAUCGAGUCAGAUCAGAGGUUCUCGGUAUUACGCUCUGAGCAAGUCAUACAGUUAGUGACGUCCGAAAUAGUCGUGGGGGACAUAGCCCUGUUCAAAUAUGGAGAUAAAAUGCCAGCGGACGGCGUCGUUCUGCAAAGCAAUGAUGUUAUGAUUGACGAGAGUUCUCUAACUGGCGAAGCUAUGUUGGUGCGUAAAUCCGUGGAAAAGGACCCCAUGCUUUUGUCCGGCACACAAGUCAUGGAAGGAUCAGGUAGCAUGCUAGUAACAGCUGUGGGUCUGAACUCCCAGAGUGGUAUCAUCUUCCAACUUCUCACCGGUGUAAAGGCACCGGCCGGUUUAGCAGGUGAAGUAGACGCCGACGAUGCAGAGGGGGCUGACAAAGGCAAGGGUCUCUAUAAAGAUCGCGGUAUUCCCGAUGAGGUUCGGAAGAGGCACAAAUCCGCACCUGGUGAUGAGGAAGAGGGUGGCGACGAAGGUGAAGGCGAAGGCAAAGCCACUGACGAAGACGAAGACUCCGGCUCUACCAAGAGUGUCUUGCAGAACAAGCUGACGUCGAUGGCAGUGCGUAUUGCCCGCUUUGGCACGGCCGCUGCUAUCAUUGCCGUGCUUGUGCUCCUACUGCGCUUUUCCAUUGAGGAGUUUGGAGUCAAGGGACGUGCCUGGGACAAGAAGAAAGAUCCCAGUAUCAUUGUUCACGCCUUUGUUACUGGCAUCACCGUAUUGGUAGUCGCCAUUCCCGAAGGUCUUCCUCUCGCCGUCACAAUCUCUUUGGCCUACUCUGUCAAGAAAAUGCUGGUCGAUAACAAUCUGGUACGUCACUUGCACGCCUGCGAGACAAUGGGAAACGCCACUGUGAUCUGCUCGGACAAGACCGGAACACUGACCACCAAUCGCAUGACUGUCGUACGCGCGUAUCUUGCCGGGCGCAUGUUCAGCGAGAACAUCUCGUCGUCUGAAAUUCCCAAGCUCAUCUCCGACCUGUUGCCCGACUGUAUCGCCGUCAACUCAUCCUACACGUCCAAGAUCCUGCCGCCGGAGCGCGAAGGGGGUUUCCCCAAGCAGGUGGGCAGCACGACCGAGUGCGCCAUGCUCGGCUUUGUCAACAACCAGAUGGGCAAGUCUUUCGAGACCAUCCGCAAGGAGCACCCCGUGGAGUCGUUCACGAAGGUCUUCACGUUCAACUCCGACCGCAAGUCCAUGUCGACGGUGAUCCCGAUUGAGAACGGCGGCUUCCGUCUGUUCUGCAAGGGCGCGUCCGAGAUCCUGGAGAAGUGCUCGCAGGCAGUGGCGUUUGACGGCGGCUUCACGCCGCUGGCGGCGCGCGACCACACCGAGAUCCGCAGCAACGUAGUGGAGACGAUGGCCAGCAACGGGCUGCGCACCAUCUGCCUGGCGUACCGCGACUUCACGCGCGAGGACGUCGAGGGCCUCAAGUCGCUGAGGUCGGCCGCCUCCCUAGAGGCCGCGGCGGCCGACGGCGACGACGAUGAGGGACCGUUUGACAACGAGGACAUGGUGGUGUCGCACCUGACCUGCCUCGGUAUCGUCGGCAUUGAGGACCCAGUGCGCCCCGAAGUGCCCGCCGCCAUCAAGGUCUGCAGCCGCGCCGGCAUCACCGUGCGCAUGGUUACCGGCGACAACGAGAAGACGGCCCAGGCCAUAGCCACCAAGUGUGGCAUCCUCAAGCCCAAGGAGGGCCACGUCGUGCUCACCGGCAAGGAGUUCAACAAGAAAGUGCGCAACGCCGAUGGCAAUGUGGAUCAGGCACUCCUGGACAAGGUGUGGCCAAACUUGCGUGUCCUGGCUCGCUCAUCGCCCGCCGAUAAAUUCACUCUUGUCGGGGGCAUUAUCAAGAGCAAGCUGUCGAAGACGCGCGAAGUCGUCGCUGUCACCGGUGACGGCACCAAUGACGGUCCUGCUCUGAAGCGUGCCGACGUUGGAUUUGCUAUGGGCAUAGCCGGAACAGACGUAGCCAAGGAAGCAUCAGACAUCAUUCUCACUGAUGACAACUUCACGUCCAUCGUGAAAGCGGUGAUGUGGGGCCGCAACGUCUACGACAGCAUCUCCAAGUUCCUGCAAUUCCAGCUCACAGUUAACGUUGUGGCCGUGCUUGUCGCCCUCAUCUGUGUCUUCGCCAUCAAGGAGACGCCUCUCACGGCCGUACAGCUGCUCUGGGUCAACCUGAUCAUGGACUCGUUUGCCUCGCUCGCGCUGGCCACCGAGCCGCCCGUGCCGGAGCUGCUUAACCGCAAGCCGUACGGACGCACCAAGCCGCUCAUCACGCGCUCAAUCUUCCGCAGUAUUGCCGGUCAUUCUAUCUACCAGAUCACUGUCAUGCUGGUGCUGGUGUUUGCUGGCAACACACUUUUCGAUAUCGACAACGGCAUUGGCCGAGAGCUGCGUGCACCCGCUACUCAGCACUUCACUAUCGUCUUCAACGUGUUUGUUCUUAUGCAGAUUUUCAACGAGAUCAACUCCCGCAAGAUUCACGGCGAGCGAAACGUCUUUGAGGGCUUCUUCGACAAUCUCAUCUUCGUCUUCAUCUUUAUCUUGACACUGAUUGUCCAGGUGAUCAUAACUGAGUUUGGUGGCAUAGCCUUCCGCACAACCCACCUCUCAGCCCAGCAGUGGAUGUGGUGCAUCUUCCUCGGCUGCAGCGAACUUGUAAUCAAUCAGAUAGUCGUCUCGGUUCCCAAACACCCGCUACCCACGAUCGGCAAUGAGCCUGCCAUUCCGGAACCGGAACGCAUUGAUGCCAAGAUUCUGUGGAUGCGCUCACUAUGGCGUGUGCAGACACAGAUUCGCGUUGUCAACGCGUUCCGAGGCCAGGUGGACAGACGCCCGUCUGUCAUCAACGCCGUCGGUGGCAGUAGUGACCCGUUUGCCAUGACCUCGCCGAAACGCGAGCCAGCUGCAAACCGCCGGUCGGCCGCCAGCCAGCUGAGCGUGAAGACAAUCACUGGCGGGGGAGAGCCGGGAGCCAACACGGUCGUUGACGGUCUGGAGACUGACGUUUGACUCCUACCCGGCCAAGUGUGUGACGAUGACGACGAGGCGUUCGGGCCAGGACAGCAGCGCUGACGACAAUGACGAUGGCUGGAUUGCCGAUAGCUGUUACUUGUGCGUGUGUGUGUGUGCGUAGGUGUGUGUGUGUGUGUAUUCUGUCCCACCGGACGACGGCCGUGUUGCUCGCUAUCGUGACCAAUCUCUCUCUUUCCUGGCUGCCACCACCGCCGGCUGCCUAUCUUCAGCAUCACCGUACCUAUUAUUGUUGUUGUUUUGAUCAUCGGGGCGAUGGCGGCCGCACCGCUAUGAUGAACACACAGCUCUGGUUUGUUGGCGUCGCUCGUUCUCGCAUUUGGCUGCACAACGUCAUCCGAAACUGGUUGUAGUUACUGGAAAUGAAUCGCAAUCUCCGCUUGUAUUGUUGGUGCCUGCUUACGCCUAUGCCACUGUCAUCGUCGUCGCCAUUGCCGCUGCCGCCUUCUGCACUGCUUGGGUCCAAUCCGAAAUGUUCUGGUUUUCGUGUGUGAGAUGUGCUACAUCGGUCUCGCCGCUUCUUCUAAUUUUCCCGUUUGUUUUGGUAGUAAAUUUUUCGAAUUGCGCGUACGCCAGGACUGGGGCCUGGCACGGUUGACAAGUUCAUCGUCUGAACAUCUGCUGCCACCAGCACCAGGACGGCAUGUGUGCGUGUUUGUUUUUGCUCGCGAAGCGCGUGCGCGAGUGUAGCGUGCGCCCGCGCGCCAUGUUUGUGUUUUCAUCUGCUGCCGCUGCCAGAGGGAUGCUCUCGUGCUGACUCUAGGCUUUCUGCUCUACUCUGCCCCCCCCCCCUUUCCCUCGCCCUUCAGUGCCCAGCAAUGCCCGCCCAGCAUAAGCACCAGUCAGUACCCAGGAUAGAUAAUGUGUAUGAUAAUGCUCUAUCGAGUGUAGCGCUAGAGUGUGGAAAUGUACAAUGUAGGCUGAACCUAGUACUUAGUAGUACUCAUAGUAAACUGUUACUUCUCAUAUUAUUCAAGCACGUACUGACUGUGUUAUCACCAUGGCGAUGGUGCUGAUCGUAACCAGGGGUGACGAUCGCUUUCGGAUUACUCUUCCUGUUUGGGCAGUGCAAGCAGUCUAUCAUUCUAAAUCCAAUGAGCUGGUUUUGCUCGCAUGACUUCUAUGAUUGUAAUGCUUCUUUCUUUCCCUUUUCUGAAGUUGAGGGAAUUUCCCUUUUUUCUGUUCAGUUUUUUUGGUGUUUGAAAGCAUAGGAGUUCUGGGAUAGCCCAGCACAGCCUAUAACGUAAUUGUUUGUUAGUGUGCCGUUGCUCGAUGCCGAGCUCUCUCCUUCUACAGAUUCUCAUCUUUCUGUACAUUUUUUUAGCAUUCUCUGUUUUCACUGUGCAGUUCUUAUUCUGUGUGUGUGUGUGUUUGCUGUUUGCACAUUGUACGCUUACGUUGUAUUCUGUGGGUGGGUGUGUGUGGGUGAUGCGUGAUGUGGGUGAUGCGUGAUACAUGUUUUACAAGAGCUGAUAUCCUACCGUCUGCAUAUAAGCAUAGUCCUGUCCGAUGUGCCACGGCCGUCGACCAACUU